GGUGUUUACUGUAGCUAACACGGGAGACAAAAUGAAGUCUGUACGAAAACGACGAGGAAACGAUGCACACCCGACUAUACCACCGAGCACUCCUGGUGGUUCGAAGGAAAUCGUGCCACAGCAGAAGAGGUCAAAUUUCCACUUUGACCUGUGGUUCUGUCUGACUCUGCAAAACUGGAUAUUGGACUUUGGAAGACCCAUCGUCAUGAUAAUCCUUCCUCUGGAGUGGUUUCCCCUGAACAAGCCCAGUGCUGGAGAUUAUUUCCACAUGGCCUACAAUGUCAUAACACCAUUCCUAAUGCUCAAGCUGAUUGAGCGCAGUCCCAGGGCUCUUCCUCGCUCAGCAGUCUACCUCUGCAUCAUCACUUUUGUGAUGGGAGCCAGCAUCCACCUGGUGGGAGACUCCAUCAACCAUCGGCUCAUCCUGAGUGGCUACCAGCUCCACCUGUCAGUCAGAGAGAACCCCAUCAUCAAAGACCUCGAACCUGCCUCACUGAUUGACUCCUUUGAGCUGCUGUAUUAUUAUGAUGAACACCUGGGACACCUGAUGUGGUAUAUUCCUUUCUUCAUCAUUCUGUUCAUCUACUUCACCGGCUGCUUCACCAAGGUUGAAGAACAGAAGAGGCUGCCUGUGUCUGGGUGUCUGUUGCUGGGACCGAGCGCUCUCUACUAUUGGUACCUGGUCACUGAAGGACAAAUCACUGAACUCUUCCUCCUCACCUUCUUGGCCAUGGUUGUCAUGGUGAUCCAUCAACAUCGAAAAGGCGUCAGUCCAGACAGCAACGGCCUGUUCCUGUUCUGCAGUUUCAGUGUUACUGUGCUCCUGGUGUCACUGUGGGUGGUCUAUCUGUGGAACGAUCCGGUGUUACGCAACAAGUACCCCGGACUCAUUUAUGUGCCAGAACCCUGGUCCUACUAUACCUUACACAUCAAGCAGAACCACUGAGUUACAUCAGUCCAGCGGGCUUCCUGUGAUGGAGGUAAUGGCUGCACUCAGACAUCGAUGACGGUUGUCGACGCGCAUCAACCAUAAAGGGGAUUGAUCUCCUCUCUUUCGUACUAUAUCGAUACAAAGACUUUUAACGGAUGAAAGUGUGAUGUUCGGUCUGAAUUUGUACAUUCAAUCAGAUCUGUAAAAACAGUUUGGAUCUUGUGACGUCUGAGACUAAGAAAGGAUAUGCACCAUGUGAGUGUAAUGUCAACAGAUGCUUAUACAGGGCUCGAACAAGCCGCCAAUUUAGGGCUCUAAAUGUCAGUUUAAAUUUUGCUAUAGUCAUACACACUACUAACAACUUUUUAAAUUCAUAAAAUGACCACAAACUAAUCUCCACUCAGUCAUGUGGCCUUCAGGCCCCUGAGGGUUUUUGGAAUCAGGGUCAGUUUUGCUCUCUUAUUGGUAAUCCAGCUUUGUAAAAACACAGACCAGCACCAACUGUUCUUAACAUUUGACAAAAAAAAACCAGUACACCCACUGACUCCUAACCAGCCAAGUGAAUGCGCAGUUGACCUUUUGAUGAACAAACUGAAGGUGAAUAUAUCGACAGCACAUUCACUGAAAAAUAUGAAAAAAAAAUGUUUUACCUUCAUCUCUUCAAAUAAUUCCAUUAGUUGAUGAAUGGAUGCUGUGAGAUUGUUCUUUAACUCAAUCUGUAAAGGUGCCAUCAAGGUUGUUCAUCAGAUGUUGGCUUCCAUGAAAGAAAAGAAGAAGAAUGAAAAUAAUACAUUUAAGUUACACAGCACUUGUCAAGCGAGAUGGUAAAAAAAAAACAAUUUAGAUACAAAGUAAACAGAAAACAACCAAUUCAAGUUCUACAGAAAAGACAGAAUCGUCAAAUAUAAUACCACAAAGCUAAAAGAUAAAACAAAACAAAAACAAGAUGUGUUAAAAAAGUUACAUGACUGUGGCAUUGAUGUUUGUGAACAACAGGGUCUGUUGGUGAGUCAGAAAGGCAAGUACAUAAAACGUGAUAUAGAAACCGAAUACUAACUAGAAAACUAAAGCUAAAACUUAAAAAAGAAUAAAUUGUCUCAGGUAUUUCAAGUUUCACGCUUUUACUGAUUAAGUGAAAUUUAUAUUGUCAGUCAUUUAGACAAGAGAGCUGUGAACUAUUACAUUUCCCUAUGUGGUCAUAGUGCUGUAUUAUAUUACAGCCCUACUGCCAACAUGUUGUUCUUUCAUGGCCUUAUUCUUGACACUAUGUUUGAAAGUUAUGUACACUGUUAGUGUUCACAAUGAAAAGAAGUCUAUUCUACAGAUGCCUUUAUUAGUCAAAAUGUCAAGGAAAGGAGCAAUCACUUUUGAGAUACAAAUAUUUUCUUUUCUUCUGAAAACUGAAUUCAACUGUUAAACUGUUACUUUACUGAUUAGUUUUUUUACAUGUUGAGUUAUUGUUCUUAAUAUUUUUUUGUACAGUAUUGUUCCUUUGCUUAAGAUCACUUUGUUGCUGAUAAAAUACUGUUUAGUUACUGGUUC